AUGAAGGGCUGGCUCACAGGGCACCCCGAGAGCCCGCCAGAGAUCCCCCUGCUGGAGGGCACCCUGCUGCCCCGCCCACUGCUUGCCAGCUCUGCCUGCAGAGGCUCCUCCACUGCCUGCCCCCUCCUCCAGGCAGCCCCGGGGUCAUCUGCUCGCCCAGGGGACCCCCAGCCUGUGCUGAGCCACCAGCAGCUCCAGAGGGCUGAGGGGGUCCUGGCUGAGCUGUCCCAUCUCUGUGGAGGGGUCAGGGGCUAUAAAGCUGGCGGGGCCCAGCAGCCCCCAGCCCGGGACCAGCUGCACUCGAGGCCGUCAGCAAGCAGGUCUGUCCCUGCGGCGUUUGGGGGUGAGCACUGUCCUCGUGCCCCCACCAUGGCCCUGUGGAUGCGCCUCGUGCCCCUGCUGGCCCUGCUGGCCCUCUGGGCGCCCACCCCUGCCCGGGCCUUCGUCAACCAGCACCUGUGCGGUUCCCACCUGGUGGAGGCACUGUACCUGGUGUGCGGGGAGCGUGGCUUCUUCUACACGCCCAAGGCCCGCCGGGAGGUGGAGGGCCCGCAGGUGGGGGCCGUGGAGCUGGGUGGAGGCCCCGGUGCCGGCGGCCUGCAGCCCCGGGCCCUGGAGGGGCCCCCGCAGAAGCGCGGCAUCGUGGAGCAGUGCUGCACCAGCAUUUGCUCCCUCUACCAGCUGGAGAACUACUGCAACUAG